UGAGCCCUUCUGUCAACAAACAAACUUGGGUCGUCUUCUCUCUCUCCCUCAGUCAGUGUAUCAGUGACCACGUGUGGAUGGAUCUCUCCGGAACUCGUUGGCCGUCGAUUCACCCUCAAGCCUCCUCGUCAUGACCCGCUUCGCCCGGAGUCGCGGUUCCAAAGCCGAUAACGCCCGCCUGCCCGAGGCAGCUACGCCCUGGUCGCAACUGCGCGCGGGUUUGGGUCCGCCGACCCGCGCUCAUUCCACUCCACAGACUAAACUACGCCUACCCAACCCCGAAGACGAAGACCACGAUCCCACUGAUCCCAGUUCGUCCCCCUUUGAAGCGCCCGCUCCGGCCACCGAUCUCGAACGAGUGCCCGCCGAUAUUGAAGUCGAUUCGGAUGAAGACCCGACUGCCCGCCCUGACCUGUCUGCGGUGGCCGGAGAUUCGAUCCCUACUCCCACUCCGAGCAAAAAGCGGGUUCGAGCCCAGGACAAGUGUCUACAGUGUAAGGUCAAAGGUCACCGGAAGAUGGAUUGUCCCACUUUGACGGAAGAGCGACGUCGAGAAUUACGCGAACUCACGCAAAUGAAGAUCGAGCGUAAAGGUCACGGCACGGGUCGUAAGAAGAACAAGAAGAAGGACAAAGAGGCACCGCCCACUCCAGCCACACCGUCGGCUUCACGCCCCUCGACUCAGCCCGCCUCGCUCAAGAAGGACAAGGCCGGUCAACUGGUCCAAGCAGGCGAAGGGCUCUUCCAAGGGUUUCGGGUCAAGAAGGAAGAUGAGGCGCGAUUGCGCCAACUUCGCGACACACUCCAGUCCGGCGGAGCCCAACCCGACGAAGUCCGCGCGGCCCUAAAACGUGAACGGCGGAACGCCGAAAAGGAAUUGGCCAAGAGCAAGAAAAUGGUAUGCUACAAUUGUCGACAACCCGGCCAUUUACUAUCCGAGUGCCCGCAGUCGCAACUCUCCCAUCAGACCGUCAAAGAUCAAGUGGGUCAAUGUUUCAAGUGCGGGUCCAACGAGCAUACGGCUAAAGAGUGUCAGUCCAAACGCAAAGGCGGCGAAGCGUAUGCAUUUGCCGUAUGUUUUGUGUGUCAAGAGACGGGUCAUCUGGCCAAGGCCUGUCCGGACAAUCCCCGGGGUAUGUAUCCUAAGGGUGGUGGUUGUCGAUUUUGCGGUAGCGUGGAGCAUUUGAAAAGCGAGUGUCCGCGUAAGGCUCAAAAGGAUGAUCGCGAUGAAGUUCGAGUGGACCGGGUGGAUGGCAGCAACAUCGAGGACGAGCCCGUCUUGAAGCGACCCCGGUAUGAUAAGCUGGCCCUUGGUAGCGUUAAAAAGGCCCAGAAGGUGGUCUCGUUUUAGAUUGACUGUCUGUGAUGCUGAAACUAUACCAUGUCAAUGAAUAAAAUGGAAUAACUGACAA